UCAUUAUUUUUUUCACAAGGGACAUUUCUCUGUUUCCUACAGUGGAUGGAUGUGGCCACGUGGUCAUGAAUGAUGAGGGUGGAACUCUUACAUCAAAGAACUACCCUGAAACAUACCCCGACCACUCAGUUUGCCAGAUUACCAUCAGAGUGCAGAGCGGUAAACAGCUGUACAUCAAAGUGGCUGAUUUGGACCUGGAUAUUGACUCUGCAUCUCUGAAAAUCUACAAGGGUUCAUCCACUGAGGAAUAUGUGAGUUACAGUGGAGAUCUGAGCAAGGCAAAGACGGACAUUUUCUUAGAUGAUAAUACUGCCACCAUUCGUUUUGAAAGUGGCCUCCACGUGUCUGGCCGAGGAUUUCUGAUUAAUUAUGCCAGCAGUGAUCAUCCAGAUUUCAUUACCUGCUUGACUCGCUGUGACUAUAAAGAAGACCCAGAGUUCAGUAACUAUUGUCCAGCCGGCUGCUGGGAUGUAGCUGGAAACGUAUUUGGAGAUGUGACUAAUGGAUACCAAGAGUCGUCCUUCGUUUGCAAAUCGGCUGUCCAUGCCGGCGUUAUCGCAGACAAUCUGGGCGGUCAGGUUCUAAUAACUCGAUUACAACGCACAUUCCAAUUCAAAGGGAUGGUGACCAGUCAGAUUUUGCCAAAAGGUGUCUCCGAUUCAAAUGUCCAGUUUAUGUUCAACAAUCCGGGAUUUCCAGUCUUUGUUCUUGUCAUGGCAGUUACACCGAUUGUGUUUCUAAUUGGAGGUGUGAUUACCAUGUGUAUGUUGCUAAGGAAAAGAAGAGACUUUGGUGAUGACAUAGAAACAGGAGUCUGUAUGCAACUAAAGUCAUUUGGAAGAAAGGAAUUGACAAAAUCUAAUCUCAGCUACGAGAAUGAGGAUAAAAAGUAUAAAAGGCCAACACCACAUGUCUCUCUUCUGGAUCCUCAAUAUUCUCAUCAUCUCCCCAUGAUUGAUCCUGGCUUCCUGAUAAGAAAGGCGCCCACCACCAAGUACAUAGAUAAAGUGAUCAAGGAUUCUUGUGGAAGUGGGAAGACUGAGAGCCUCGCUCAUAAUCAGUCAAGUCACAGUAGCCAUGACAAUGCAACUUGCGUCACGUCCUCUGUGCCUCAAUAUGAAAAGCCAUGCUUAGAAGACGAUGCAAAAAGAAAACCAGUAUAUACUGACUACAGAUUCCCUUCAGAUUAUCCUAGUCGUCAUCACCAUCUUCCCAUUGAUUAUUGCCAACUUCAAUGUCCUCAAUAUCAUCUUCUUCAUCAUCUUCCUCAACGGCAUCAUCCUCACCCCCAUUUUCAUGAUCAUCCCUCCCAUCUUUAUCAUUUUUAUCCCCAAAUUCCUGUUCGUCCUCUUUCUCCAACUCAUCAUCAUGAUGUCCACUAG